AUGUGGUGGAUGUUGUUCCCGCGGUGGAUUUGGUUUCUUCUUUCCACCUUCCUGCUGUCCACGGGAGCCAUGCCGAUGUCCGUGGCCAAAGUGGUUUAUUCCCACGCAGGUCUGUGCCCCAAUGAGCUCAACCCUAACCUGUGGGUGGAUGCUAUGAGCACCUGCAUCAGGGAGUGUGAGUCUGACCAGGACUGCGAGACAUUCGAGAAGUGCUGCCCCAACGUGUGCGGCAACAAGAGCUGCGUGGCUGCACGCUACAUAGACAUCAAGGGCAACAAGGGGCCGAUCGGCAUGCCCAGAGGCGCCACCUGUGACAAGUUCAUGUGCUCCCAGCAAGGCUCCGAGUGCGACAUCUGGGACGGGCAGCCCGUGUGUAAGUGCCGGGACCGCUGCGAGCGAGAACCUCACUUCACGUGUGCUUCUGACGGAAUGACUUACUAUAACAAGUGUUACAUGGAUGCCGAGGCGUGCUCCAAGGGUAUCUCUAUCUCUGAGGUCACCUGCAGGUACCACCUGACCUGGCCAAACACCAGUCCAAUUCCUGCGGAAACCACCCUCCAUCCAACCACGGCUCUACAGACCACCCUGCCAGCUGACAUCCACCCUCCCACUAUCCACAGCGGCCCCACCCAGCAGGCUGUUUUUGUGGGCGAGACGGCCAGCUUCCUGUGCGAGGUCACCGGGAAGCCUCCUCCGGAAAUCACCUGGGAGAAACAACUGAAGGGCAAAGACAACGUGAUCAUGAGACCGAACCACGUGCGGGGGAACGUCGUGGUCACCAACAUCGGCCAGCUGGUCAUAUACAACUCGCAGCUCCAGGAUGCUGGGAUCUAUACGUGCACGGCUAAAAACGUGGGAGGAAGUGUGUCGUCGCACUUUCCUUUAGCGGUGAUCAUGAGAGAGGCUAAGGGGAAGGACGGAGGGGGCAAUAACACUCAUCUGCCCUUCCCACCUGCGGAGUGCUUGAAAGGUCCAGACACGGACAACUGCGGCGAAGAGAGCAUGAGCUGGUACUACGAAUCGAGCAGGAACAACUGCUUCACCUUCACCUACAGCCAGUGCAAUAAGAACCGGAACCACUUCGACUCCUACGAUGUCUGCAUGCUAUCGUGUGGAGGAGAGCUGGCGGCUCCUUGCAGCCUACCAAGUCUCCAAGGCCCAUGCAAGGCCUACGAGCAGCGCUGGGCCUACAGCAACGCCCUCAAAAAGUGCCAGUCCUUUGUCUAUGGCGGAUGCGGCGGCAACGAGAACAACUUCGAGUCCAAAGAGGCCUGCGAAGGAAUGUGCCCCUUUCCCAGGAACCACAAUUGCAAGGCCUGCAAGCCUCGGGGGAAAAUGGUGACAAGCUUCUGCAAGAGUGACUUCGUCAUCCUGGGACGGGUCACGGAGCUGACCGAGGAGCAAGAGUCCGGUCACGCUCUGGUGACGGUGGAGGAGAUCCUGAAGGACGAGAAGAUGGGUCUCAAGUUCUUUGGGAAAGAACCCUUGGAGGUGACACUGCUAAACAUGGACUGGAACUGUCCCUGCCCCAAUAUCACCGUGGCCGAGAACCCGCUCAUCAUCAUGGGCGAAGUUCACAAUGGGAUGGCGGUCUUGCAGCCAGACAGCUUCGUUAGCUCCACCGGCGCACGUAAGGUCAGGAAACUUCGCGAGGUUGCCCACAAGAAAAGCUGCGACAUAUUAAGUAGCGUAACACACGUUGUGUAAACAAUGCACACCGAGGCACAACACACGGCAUGCUAGCAACGACCGGGCUACGAUAGACUGACCAUACGUCCUCUUUUCACCGGACAUGUCCUCUUUUGCGGGGCAGUCAGGGCGGAGUUUCUUAAAUGCCUCAAAUGUCCGGCAUUUUGAGUUAGGGUUGC